UGGUUGUGUCACAUCGCCAAGGAAACGCUUGACAAUAAAGGAGCGUGCAGGAGUUCUGUCCAGUUCACGCUGUCAGCAGUCUGUUUGUGUACAGAGCCUCAGAACCAGCUGGCUGAGGGGACUCUUCUCCAGGUUCACCUCUCUCUGUAGCAGGAUGCCGUUCCCAUGGACCUUCACCUCUCCUCCGUUCCACUACAUGCUGCGUGCGUCUGGGCAGAGUGAGGUAUGGAGCGACGCUCGGCCGGAGGACAAGUUCCGUCAGUACGGCUGGCGCUGCGGAACCAGCGAGGACGGAUAUGGUACCAGGACUCUGAUCGGUAACUGGGUCGAACAACAAAAAGACAUCACUCAAUACCGGAAAGCCAGACCCCUUCCUUCACAGUUCUCUCACUACUUUGACUCCACCUACUCCUCCUCCUUUAACCGUGAAGAGAAGAGACCCAUCUACAGCUUGAAGGAGUCCAAGAGUUUCCCGGGCCAGCAGCUGGAGUUAGACCUCCCCCGAGGGACUACACCAACACCAGUCACACACACACCACACCCCACCCCGUCUGGGACUGUGAUGCUGCAGGAUGCCAGGGGACAGCAGGAGAACACAGCAGACAGAGCAGCAUCCUUCUGACCCCUCAAUAAAUACUGAUAAGAGUGGUUCACUUUUAGUAGUGCAUCAGUGAAUGUGGACUACAGUGUGUGUGUGUUUACUGUAUUUGCAGCCUUUGGAGCCAAACGUUCUUUUGGAUCAACUCCCCCUGUUCCCUCGUCCCCUCACUCACUCCCACUCUCUCUCCCUCCGUCUAUCUCUCUCCACCUCCACCUGUCUCUCUCUCCACCUCCCGUCUCUCUCUCCACCUCUCCCCUCUCAAAUAGCAUUGUAGUUUUUUUUGUGAAUUCUUUCAGUGUCAAGUAAAUCUCUUUUUGUUUUCCUCA